AUGAAGAGUACACUUAAAAAGGAAUUGGGUAUCUCAAAUACACAAUUCUCCCUCCUUGAGGCUAGUGAGGAUUUCAUGGCAACGGUGCUCUUACCUUUUAGCGGUUUGAUUACCGAUCGAUUCGGUGGAGCCAAUAUGAUCGUAUAUGGCAACAUAAUCUACACCCUCGGCUCAGUCCUAGUUGCAGCAGCCGCAACAGUCGAAUCCUACAAAUUCAUGAUUGGCAGUCGCGUUAUUCUUGCCUUUGGCGACAUCGCGACUCAAAUCGCCCAGUAUAAGAUGUUUUCGUCAUGGUUUCCGCCGAAUGAAGGGUUUGCGUCGACGGUGGGCUUCGAGCUUGCUAUUGGAAAAUUGGGUGGUUUUGCGGGACAGUCGACAGCCAAUAUUAUUGCAAAGAAAACUGGUCACUUCUACUGGACCUUCUGGGUUGCCGUCUUCAUGAAUCUAUUCACAAACGCGUCCACCGCCCUAUUUUGGAUCUUCAGCCGCUACUGCGAAAAACGGUACAUAGGUCGACGCGACACUGCCACGAAUGAAAAUUUGACUGAGAAGAAUAAAAAAUUUGAGUUGAAAAAAGUCUUUGAACUACCCUGGACCUUCUGGGCUGUUUUAUCUUUCUCAUUAUUUCAGACAAGUGCAGCCAUUGUGUUCAGUCAGAACUCGACUGAGCUUGCAGAGAAGAGGUUCAACGUUGAUUCGAUCAAGGCGGGUUGGUAUAGUGCGCUUAGUAAAUACACGGGAUUCUUUCUGGUUCCUUGUUUAGGGGUUUUUAUUGAUAUCCUCGGCAACCGAGCCACAGUCAUGUGUGUUUGCGGGAUUGGAAUGCUGCUCUGCAUGUGUCUAGUCAACUUUGCAGACACGUCAGCUGGCACAGCAGCUUCCUUCGGUAUCUAUGCUGUCGCCGUCUCCCUUGGACCGGUAUCCAUUAUAGACAGCAUUCGGGCAGUCCUAUACCACCAAUCAGUCUUUGGAUCCGCCUAUUCCCUCAAGAUUACCAUGAACAAUGCUCCGAUCCGAAGAAUGAACGUCAUUAUCAGAAUUAUUACCGGCGCCCUUCAGGACGCAGAUAAUGAUUCCUACCGCCGAGCCGUGAGAGUCUAUCUCUUCCAGGCUGCUGCCUCUGUUGUAGUCGGUUUGACUAUUCUCAUUGGCUCCUUCUUCGUCGACUCACUCGCCGUGUUGCAGUGGACGAGAAAGUAUCGCCUCAAAAACGGCGGAGCGAUUAUCGAUACGCUCAAAGAAAAAAGCGCGACUGUACACUUGUGGGCAGCUGGGUGGCAUACAUCUGGGGGGCUGUUACAGGCCACAACUCUUGAUGAGAUGAAGAUGUGA